AUGGAGACGGGCGCGGAUGCCGCCAUUGCGCGUCGCGUGGUGAAGAAGAUUGACCGAGUCAUUAUUCCUCUGCUGUUUGUUACUUAUAUGCUCAACUUUAUGGACAAGGUCAUCUUGUCGAGCGCCGCUGUAUUUGGUUUACGCGAUGAUACGCAUCUUGUAGGACAGCAGUACAGCUGGGUCAGCAGCAUCUUCUACUUUGGCUAUCUCAUCUGGGAGUAUCCCACCACUGUCCUCAUCGCCCGUCUCCCUACCGCCAAGUAUCUCACCUUCAACACCCUCAUCUGGGGCGCCGUUGUUGCUCUGACGGCAGCAUGCACCAACUUUGGUGGCCUCAUGGCCGUGCGGUUUCUACUGGGAAUGGCAGAGGCCACCAUCACGCCGGCUUUCAUGUUUCUGACGUCGACCUGGUAUACUCGAGACGAGAUGCCGACGCGCGUGGGCAUUUGGUUUGCCGGCAACUCCAUUGGUGGCAUCGUGUCUAGCUUGAUUGCCUUUGGCCUGGGACAUGUCAAGGAUGAUGUGCAUCCGUGGCGAUGGAUGUACAUCACCCUCGGCAUCGCGACGUUCCUCUGGAGCAUCCCCAUGUUCUUCUUUCUCCCGGACAGUAUCUCCAAGGCCAAGUUCCUGACGCCCGAGGAGCGCCAGAUUGCAGCUGAUCGCACAGUCAUUGCCGGCACGGGAACGACCGAAAAUGCGCGGUGGAGAUGGGAUCAAGUUAUCGAGUGCCUCAUCGACCCAAAGACGUGGCUUAUCUUUCUCAUUGAACUCGUCGGUCAGAUGCCCAACAGCGGCACUCAGAGCUUCUCCAACAUUAUCAUCUCUUCCUUCAACUUUACCUCAUUGCAGUCCACUCUCAUCAACAUCCCUUACUCUGUGCUUACAGCAGGCAUCAUUGCGGGCACCGGAUGGCUUGCAGGCCGCUAUCGAACCCUGAACUGUUUACUUAUUGUCCUUGUCCUCAUCCCAUGUGUUGUCGGUGCCGCUGUCAUCUACCGCCGUGAUAGCGUGCCUCAUGGUGUUCAGCUGUUUGCGUACUUUCUUCUGUCUCCUGGACCCGCGGCCAUGCCUCUUACAAUGGCCCUUGUCCAGUCCAACUACCGCGGCGUCACCAAGAAGAUGACUGUUACGGCUAUACUCUUCCUGGCGUACUGUGCCGGCAACAUCUCUGGCCCUCAAUUCUUUCGCGCAUCGGAAGCUCCAACAUAUAAGACGGCUUUCAAGACAAUUAUGAUUUGCUAUUGCAUCGUCAUUACCUUGGCUAUCGUUUUGAGGUUCUAUUUGCAGUGGGUAAAUGCGAAGCGUACGAGAGAAGAAGGCUUCGUUGGAAAUGCUGGCGCGGCUGGAGCAGUGGCUGAUGGCAAAGUGUCUGAUGUAUUGGACGGCAAAGAUGUUGCUGAGGCAGUUACGGAGAUUCAACUGAGGCCAGAGGAUUACGAGGAUGUGACGGACUGGAAGACGGUUGGUUUCAGGUAUCGGCUGUAG